CAAAACACUACUGACGACUUUAGGUGCGUUUGCGGCUUACUUUUACCUUUUUCGAGGAUAUUCAAUAACAGAACAACGAAACCAUCCAACUGACUUUCCUAAAAAUUACACUGAAUUCCCUGCUUCCAAAUCAAAGCCAACCGGAGAAAUAGAAUCAUCGUUGAAAAAUAAAAUCAUAGACUGUGAUGGUUAUCUAACAUUGCGAAACUUCACAGCACACGACUCGCUAACUAACAAGCAAAUCUUCUUCACGCAUACAAGUCCCAAGUCCAAAGGAUUCAGCUUAUCUGGAAGACAGCUGUGCGCUAUCGAGUCGGCGGCCAGAAAGUCUGGACUUCAUGUAAAUGUUCUUACCAGAGCAGAUUCUCUGAAAUUAUCCAAAUAUCCUGGCUUGUGUGAGAUUCUGAACAAACUUAGAAACAAAAUAAGCUUUUAUACUAUUCAUUUUGAGGAACUUUUUUCGAACACGCCUCUUGAACAGGAUAUAGAACGAUACUUCAAAUACGCACCCGAUAUGUUUCUCGGCAACUGGCUCAGCGACCUACUUCGCUCCCCUUUAGUGUACAAAUAUGGCGGGCUUUAUGCCGAUUUGGAUGUCUUAUUUCUGAAAGACCUGAACUCGUUUGUAGACACCGUUCCAAUUAACGCCAUGUAUGAUAAACCGAAACCGAAAGACUGUCAGCUGCCAGAGGGAACUGAAAAGAAACCGCCAGGGGCGACUAAGCGACAGGGUUCAUACCAGAUCAGUAGUAGCCAGUUUCAUUUGAGCAAAGGUCAUCGGCUUGCAUGGCUUGUCAUGGAAAUGACGCACCGAAUAUUCGACCCAAUAAAAGGCGAACGCAAUCAUAUUGGGCCAAUCAUACUCACAGACGCAGUCAAAAAGAUGUACAACCUUUCACUGAUAACAAAUAUAAACGCAAAAGACCUCACUAUUCUUCCCUCCUAUACAAUUACACCAACUUGGAACAGACGAGAGAUGAUGUGGACUAAGCAAGACAAAAGCGAAAGUUACUGGGAUGAACUGACGCGAUGCUCGUUUGUUCACCAUCUGUUCAACACAGCAAACGAAAACUUAAAAGUCACAGGCAAUCCGAAACGAGAGAUUUAUUCGUAUUAUGGGCCGAAAAUUUGUCCAAUAGCAUUCAAAGACUUAACUGUUUUCUGAACAUUAAACUAAUCUAAAUAAAAACUUAAUUAAAAAUUAAAUAAAAACAAUAAAGAAUGAAAAAAAAAUUGAAAAGACUAUCAGCAUAAAGGCCACAUUUUUCGGUACUUUAUCAUAAAAUAAUUAACAAUAAUUAAUGACAUUUGCAUACAAAUUUUGCAUUA